AAAUUGAAGCAAUUGUUUAGCUUUAUCUCUGAGCUCUCAGCUGUGUGUCAAAAGCUUUGUGACUUUUGCUUACGUCUGCUUGGAGGGGGUGUGUACUUAAGGCAGUGUUUUCUCACCUGAAAAAAGCUGCAAAUGAGUUUUGUCAUAUGCUGUAUUGUUCUGAAGCUGGUAUAUAUGGAUAAGUAAGCUCUGCUGCAAUGGUAAGGUUCUUUGGUGAGACAUUGUUCAGUGAAACUGGACAGCCAGAUGGAGCAGAAUCAUGUGCAUAUUAUAACAAAACUACUAAAAGAAUUAUUACUUCAGUAUAUGAGGGAAUCCCAGAGAACUUUCUUUUGAACUUCUUGGGCUGGGCGCUCUUGUUGCUACUCUUUGCCAUUUUGAGGAAAAGAGCUUGGAAUUAUGGCAGACUUGCCUUGGUCCAGAAGACAGAGGAACGAUGGACUCAGCUCUUCUAUGCAAGGACGGAUGAGAUGAACACAUCCACUGAAGCUGAUUCUCUUGCAUCAUUAGAUUCAAGUGUUCUAAUAGACAAAGGAUUUUGUUCAUGGUUCACUGCUUUAUUUAGAUUGAAGGACGAAAACAUCUUGCAAAAAUGUGGGCCAGAUGCAGUGCAAUAUUUGUCAUUCCAGCGCCACAUAAUAUUCUAUUUGUCAGUGGUGAUGGUCAUAUCCUUAGCUGUCGUGCUUCCAGUCAAUUUCCAAGGAAAUUUGGGAGGAGAUGAAGAAACAUUUGGCCAUACAACUCUCUCAAAUCUUGAUCCAAGCUCUCCAUAUUUGUGGAUUCAUGUAACCUUGGCAAUAUUGUACUUACCACUUGGCAUCAUAGUAAUGAGGAGGUUUUCUGUGACCAUGAGAUUUGAAGAAAGUGACACUGCUGUUUCCCGAACAUUGAUGAUAACAAAUAUCCCAAGAAAAUUUUGUGAUUCUGCUGAUAUCCGGAGACAUUUUCAAGAAGCACAUCCAGAUGUAGAAGUUGAUGAAGUACAAUUAGCAUAUGACAUAACAACAGUGAGUGCACUUGAGAAGCAGAGAGAAAAAGCUUAUCAGGCAAAGCUGUAUUGUGAGAAUUACUUAAAAACAAAGAAUGAAAGGUUACUAAUGAGACCAUAUGCAUGUGGAAGUAUCUGCUGUUGUGACUCCUGCUGCCCACCUGUUGACGCACUGGAGUACUACACUGAAGAAGAGGCGAAUUUAAGGGACAAAGUAGAUACAGAACGCAAUGCAGCACUGAGAAGACCUGUCGGUGUAGCAUUUGUCACACUGGCAUCCACAGAUGCUGCUCAGAAGGUCUUUGAAGAACACAAAGCUACAUUACAGUGUGCUAGCAAUCCUCCUCAUUCAACUCUAAGCAAGCAACUGAGAAUCAGCGAGUGGAGAGUUCAAUUCACGCCAUCACCAAAAGAUAUUUUCUGGGAAAAUUUGUCAGUGCAAUCAAACUAUUGGUACAUCAAGGCCACACUAGUAAAUUUCUUCCUUUUCUUUGCCCUGUUUUUCUUGACAACACCGGCGAUUAUGGUUAAAAUGAUGGAGACCUUCCACGUUUCAGAUGAAAUUGGCAAAAUGAGCCCUGUUCUGUCGGAGUUCCUACCUACGCUUUUACUGUGGACAGCAUCUGCUCUGUUACCGGUUAUUGUUGCAUAUUCUGAUCAAUGGCUCUCUCACUGGACACGAUCUGAGCAGAACCACUCAAUUAUGCGCAAAACCUUUAUCUUCUUGCUGUUCAUGGUCCUCAUUCUGCCUUCUCUGGGACUCACUAGUGCACAGGCAUUUGUUGAAUGGACACUAUCAAGAAAUGAAACUUAUCGAUGGAAGUGCGUGUUCCUGCCAGAUAAGGGAGCAUUCUUUGUUAACUAUGUAAUAACAUCAGCAUUUAUUGGAACUGCUCUGGAACUGAUAAGAUUUCCUGAACUGAUCAUGUAUGCAGUAAGACUGUGUUGGUCAAGGUCGAAAGCAGAAAGUGCAAGUGUUCGGAAAGCUAUCUUCUACGAAUUUCCUUUUGGGGUUCAGUAUGCUUGGACGCUACUGAUCUUUGCCACAACAGUUAUAUACAGUUUACCUUGUCCACUAAUCACACCAUGUGGUCUUUUAUACAUGGUGCUAAAGCAUUUUGUUGAUCGUUACAACAUAUACUGGGCAUAUGGGCCAUCAAAAAUCAGUUCACGCAUACAUGCAUCAGCCAUAAAUAUUGUAAUAUUUUCAAUUUCGUUGCUGCAACUGAGUUUUGUUAUGCUGUCAUACAUAAGGAAUGGCUUCAGGGACAUCACCAUUUAUUCUGCAGUUGGGUUUUUCAUUACAAUGGUGUUUUUGUGGACACAGGUAGUGUUCCACUGCUGCAAGGGUUUCAGUCCUAUAUCUUAUCAGAAUGGCACACACAACAAUUGGCAGUCUCCCAGUUCUUCAACACACACAAGCCCUGAGCACAACAGUGGAAAUGGGACAGUUUACACAUCCCAGCACCGCUUUGUUCCAGCUGUUCUUCGGCCCUCUGUUUUAAGGCAACCAGAUGUUGUGAGUGUGCAGACACCUGCUGAGGGAAUAUCAGUUUUGAGGAGGACGUAUGGCACUGGUUCACCAGAUGGGCCAGCAGCUCUAACGUCACCUGACCACAUACUACUUUAUCAGGAUUAUGAGGGCGGGCAUGGUGCUGAAGUGUAGCCUAUGGGUUCCGGACCAUACUAGUUUAUAUUGUUACUAGUCUAGAUACAAGUUUUAAUAUGUCACAGAAGAAUAAAUAGUUCCAUAUACUUCAGAGA